CUUUUCUGGGUUCCAUUGACUUCUAGCUGCUCACUCUAUGGCUUUCUCUCCAUGUGUCCAAAUUUCAUUCUGCUUAUAAAGGUCCAAUAAUAGGACUGAGACUCAUCCUGCUUAAGUUGGGUCACACCUUAGCUCAAGUAACCUCAUCAAAGGUACUGUUUACAAUGGGUUCACACCCACAGGAAUGGAAUAAGAUUAUGAACAUGUUUGUUUUUUUGAGUACACACCUCAGCCACCACACUCAGCAAGUGAGGCUCACCCAUUAUGUGUCUAGCACUGGAUCACAGGAAGUGUGUUUCUAGGUAGCAGGACUGGGAGGGUAAGCUCUGCUUUCUGAGGGCCAGGAGCCUCUUCCCCUUCUCACCCUCAUGAUCCGUUCACUCUCACUGGCAUGAGUGCUUUUUUUUGAGUGUGUAACCUCUAUUCUGUCUGUAGAUCUUCCAGGUGUCCACCUUAACCAACUUCAAAACCUAUCUGCAUAAAGAGACCAGUCUUCGGUCCUGCAAAUCUUUGGCAUUUUAAUAUCCUCUUCUGCUCUGCUAGCCUUUCCACCCUCUACCUACUAUAACUGAUGUAGGCUUGAGGAAAACUCUGGAAGAAAUCAAACCCAAAAGAGAACGUGGGCUUGGAUUGCGGGGAACGGAUUUACAAACAGAUGGGUCUCUCAGAUCGCCAGCAACACCAAGGGCCUCGGAGGUUGUUGCGUAGAAGUGUGGUUCGCGGGCUAAGGGACUACGCUUCCCAGGAGGCCUUGCGCAGCGCCCCGGAAUGCCCGGGGGGCGGGGCGAGUCAAGGGGCGGGGUCUGCGGGCGUCGCGCGGAUGGCCGGGCCGGUGAAGGACCGUGAGGCCUUCCAGAGGCUCAACUUUCUGUAUCAGGCUGCCCACUGCGUCUUGGCGCAGGACCCCGAGAACCAGGCGCUCGCGAGGUUUUACUGCCACACGGAGAAGAUCAUAGCGAAGCGGCUCGUCUUGCGGCGGGACCCCUCGGUGAAGAGGACCCUCUGUCGUGGUUGCUCUUCCCUCCUCAUCCCAGGUCUGACUUGCACCCAACGCCAGAGACGUCGCAGGGGCCAGUGCUGGACUGUACAGACCUGCCUAACAUGCCAGCGCAGCCAGCGAUUCCUCAAUGAUCCCACACAUCUGCUCUGGGGAGACCGGCUUGAGGCCCAGCUAGGGAGCCAGGCAGAUCCCAAGCCACCACAGCCCCUGCCAAACACAGCCCACCCCAGCCUAGCCCACCAUCCUGAGAAGAAAGUUCAGCCUCAGAGUGUCAAUCACCAGUGAUGGAUUCAUCUUGUAUUCCAAGUAAAUAAAGUUGAAUUCUGUUUCA